AUGGACAGUCAACCUGUACUCAGCGUGGCCAUUGUCGGCGCCGGUAUAGCCGGUUUGACUGCCACCAUUGCGCUUCAGGGCAAACCGGGCAUUGAUGUGCGCAUCUACGAGCGCACAAAGGAGCUACGCGAGGUAGGCGCAACUAUCGCCCUGGGACCGAAUGGGCUGAGGACCUUGGAGAGGUUGGGGAUCAACAAUGCGCUGAAUGAUUCAAUUGCUUUCCGCAACAAAUCGGGGCACCCCAUGAUAUACCGUCACGCCCAAACAAACGAAACCGUGUCCGUCGACAGCCACGCCGGCCACAUUGAGCCGCGCCAUCGCACCGCCCGCUUCUUCAGACCGCACCUGCAGCGCGCCCUCCUCCAACACGUCGACCCGGCCCGUUUACAUCUCGGAAAGGCUUUUUCUGCAGUCGAACCGACGCAGGACGGUUCCAGGGUUGUAUUGAGCUUCGCCGACGGAACCACCGCCGAGGCAGACGUCGUCCUCGGUGCCGACGGCAUCCAUUCGGCCGUCCGCCGCGCCUUCGUCCCAGAAUCCCGCGCCCGCUGGACCGGCUGGGUCGUCUUCCGCUCCGUGUUCCCCCGCUCCGUCGUCGCCCACAUUCCGGACCUGCCCGACGAGGCCGUCCACUACUGGGGCGUCGACCGGACCCUCUUCCUCUCUCCCCUCGCCGGCGGCGGCGGCGGCGGCGAGGAUCUGUUUGCGAUCGUGGCCUCAACCCAGUGCGACCCGGAGGCAGCCGGAGAUGGCCAGGACCCGGUGUGGAACAGGGAGGGCAGCCUGGAAGAGGUACAGGAGCUGUACAAAGACUGGCAUCCCACGCUGCGCGCAAUCAUUCAAGCAAACCCUCACACGCGAGUAUACCACAACGCCGCCGCCGACGGGCUGGACUCUUGGGUGUUGGGCGGCGGCAGGGUGACCCUGGCAGGGGACGCGGCGCACGCGCACGGAGGAGCCUUCGCGGCGGGCGGGAGCCUGGCCAUCGACGACGCCUGGGCGUUUGCGCAAUCCAUACUGCACGUGUUUGCCGGAGAGGUGUCUCCGGCCUCGGUCGUCGUCGACGCUGGCGGCUCGGCGAGGUGGGUUUCGCCGACGCCGCCGCUGCAACCAAAACAAAAGGGUGACAAGGUUGCCGCUGCUCUGAGGCUGUACGAAAGGACACGCAAGCAACACACGGACCGCGUGCAAAAGACUGUGGCCAACAAGAACGAGGCGACUUUGCAGCGGCUGAGGACCGGUGUGGUCGAGACGGACCAGGAGCUCCGGCGGCGGAUGCGGACCAGGCAGGACCUUGCUUGGAUUCACGAGCAUGACGUGGUGUCAGCAUUCAUAAAGGCAGUCGGUUCCUCCGAAGAACAGCAAGCCAGCCGCCUCUAA